GAGGAACCUGAGGACAUGUCUUUGGACCGGGAGGAGACCAGGAAGAGUAGAAUUGCUGGAAGAGCAAAGAAGAAGGCUAAGUUCAGACGCUGUGGAAGCCGUGAGAGAGAAACAAUGGUCACCAUCUCUGAACCGGACCCUGGACUCUCUGAGGAACCUGAGGACACGUCUUUGGACCGGGAGGAGACCAGGAAGAGAAGAUUUGAUCUAUGUUUGCCCAUCACUCUCAUUGUGAGCAUCGGACUGCUGAUUAUUCUCACGAUCUCCCUGCGCCUCAGUUCAGUGAUGCCCACGGAGGAGGAGGAGGCCCCCAGCAUCACAGAGUUCCACUCCUCUACCCACGUGUUGCCCGUGGGCCAAACGGCCCGCUUCACCUGCAAUGCCAGCGGCACGCCGGAGCCCACAGUAGAGUGGCUCCACAACGGCAGGCCCCUGGAGAGGAAUGGCACAGACAACCAAUCAGAGGCCUGGGUGGAGAGGGGCUUCCUCUUUGUCAGAGGUGUGAGGUAUGGCGUGAACACGGUCUGCUGCAUAGCGAGCAACAGCGCUGGCAUGGCCAAUCACAGCACUGAACUGCUUUUCUUUGGUAAGUCCUGGAUCCAAGGAGAGAACACAGUUCACACCGGACUCCACUGCACUGAGUUUGACGGUUGA